CAGUCUAUUAUCAUGGAUAUGGUAUAUCAAACAACCUUGCAUCGGAACACUGAGGCAAAAAAUAAAACAGGAAAGAUUACGGAUCUCACGGAUUCCGAUGCACAAAAAGUUGCGGCAUUAGCAAGAAACAUGUUUUAUA